AUGGCGUCGCUCGCCAUCGCCGACACCGUGACUGGUCUUUUGGGUGUGCUCGAGGCCGUGGCGACGACGCUCGCGAGUGCCGCCGAGUUGCGACGGAAAUGGGGCUACGACGACGCGACCGUCUUAUCGCUAGAAAACCAACUUCUCACCUUGCAGGGUGUCGUCAGUCAGACCAAAUAUCGCGUCGAACAGGCCAUCGCUUCGCAAUAUGGAGCGCCCGCUCUACAUGUUCAGCUAGUCCUCUAUCUGGACCGGUGCAUUACCUGUUGUCGGCCGCUCAUUGCGAGGAUAGACGGCGAUAUACUCCAGCAGCAUCGACUAGCCGCUAGCGGGCCGAGGAGGAGCAUGUCCAAGCUCAUGAUGAGAAUGAGGAGUUCCAAAAAGGAUGCCAACCCCAUGGCUCAACCGCAGCAAUCGUUAUCGGGACAUCGCCCCAGCAGUUCGAUACAACAUUCGCCGUCGUCCUCUUCCAAGGCGUCAAAACUCGAGGAAGCACUACCAGUCAUACAGCAUCACAUGGCAGCCUGGACGCUGAUCCAGCAAGUCUGCAAUAGCGCUGCAAUUUCCCAGCAAGAAUAUAUUCUUGCAUCUCCGCAAACCCACGUCAUUUUUCAAGCCAUGGAGGAGACGGCGGCGUGGGUUUAUGCAAACAGAGACGCCACUUCUAUACUCUCAUCACCUUCAUCAUCAACAUCUUCGCCAGCAGACUUUUCACCUCAUAGCACAUCGACCGGGUCUUCAAGCUAUGAUCCACAUUUCACCACACAUGCAUAUCAUCAGUGGCCUCAUCAACCAACGACGGUGGAUGAAGCGUUGGGUUACCAAAUGGAGGCCCACCCAACAGAGGCCCACCCAACGGAGGCCCAAACUUCGAGCAGCGGUAAAGCCGUAGCUGUUUACACCAGUCAUGCCGAGGAGGCUGACAAGUUCUUGGCCGAGGAAUACCGCGUGGAAACACAUGACAAGUUUAGUGUAAUACCGCCUACACCCACAACACACGAGAAGGAAGCCGUGGCUGGGCCAAGCAGAGGACCCGUCGAGACUAGGGAGAAAUUCAGCAUAAUACCUUCAGGAAAAGAUGCAAGGUAUCGUGGUUCCGGCUCAGGUAGUACAUCCGUCGAAACGAGGGAAAAGUUUAGCAUAUCAACACUACCACAGGUGGAUGAAAAGAUGGUUUCCGGUCCUAGCCAAAUACCCGUCGAGACCAGGGACAAGUUUAGUGUCGAUCCAGUCCACUCGCCCAUGGAUAGCGGAAAAGUGCUGGUUGACUGGAGCGCCCUGACACCAAUCGAUCCCCAGGACAAAUUUACAGUCACAAGCCCAAGCUCCUCCAUUGCCAGUGACACGACAUUGGCCUCGACCUUUCGUACCAUGUCACUGAAAGAACAAAAUCCGUCACUCAAGAGCAAGUGGCUGCGGCGUGGACUUUCCUCGGCGUCGAGUGGAGGGAGCGAGCCCCAGAAGCGGUCGCGCGCCAUUGACCAAGAUUUGAAAAAGGAAAAGAAGAAGAAGAAGCAAAACGAGUACAAAAUCUUGCUACUGGGAUCCGAGUCACGAUCAUACCUCUUGUCGGCAGCACAUCGAAAGGAGCAAAAGAAGCUGUCGGAGCAAGAUCUGCUCGACUAUCGGAUUGUCAUCAUGUCAAACAUGGCCAAAUGCAUCCACGCGCUUGUGGAGCAGAUGCGGAUUGCCGAGGUACGCAAGGAUUCAAGAUACCUGUGGGCCUAUGUCGAGUUGAUAGAGGAGUAUCUCCCGGAUCAUGGUAUAAAUACCUGGCCAGCAAGAGAAUUGGAUGAACGGUUCUAUGAGGCACUGCAGACGAUUGUCUCGGACUCGCUCGUAUCGGACCUCAUUCAAAAGUCUUCCUUUGAUAAAAGGGCACACUGGCCGGGACCUGCAAAACAUUACUUUGAUUCAAUACCACGGAUAUCGGCCCAGGAUUAUAAGCCCAGUGAGCUAGAUAUCCUACAUACAACGACAUACAUGGCCAAGACGAGAGGCGUCAACGUCAUAAGGAUCAAGGACGCGGAAAUCGGGGUGGAGUUCAUCGACGUCGGUGGACUGUCGGGCAAAAAGGGCAAAUGGAUUCACCAGUUCGAGGCAGCCGUCUUUGUCGUUUUUGUGAUUGACAUGGAGGAAUGCCAACAUUCGGGGCAAGUGCUGGAGACGAUAAAAAAUGUCGAGGCCGUCAUUGACUCGCCUUGGUUCAAGGAGGCGUCGAUCCUGCUACUCAUCAACAAGGCCCCCGAACCCAGCAAGAAGGAGGACCGUACCAUUUACAACAAUGUCCUCAAGACAACCACGUCCAUGCUCGAGACGUUUCAGGAAAAGCACGUCGGGCGUGUCAUGCUUGCGACGGGCGUCAUAAUGGGUGGCGGCAAGCAGGUGAUUGAAAUCAUUUUGGGGAACCUGAGGGAUGCCAUUUUGAUCAAGACGUUGAGGCUCCAGACGAAAUUACUUUGA